AUGGACAUCGUAGAAAAAGUCGUUGGAAGUGAUAUAGUUUUACUUUGGCUUGAUGACCAUAUUGGUCAAGAUGGAACUUAUCCUAAACUUAAACAAGAAUUUGAAUCAAAUACAACUAAUAUAUAUUUCUUUCAUGAUAUUGAUCGAUGUCGUCAAUUUUUAUCAUGUGUUCGACAAAAAAAACUUUUCUGUAUUAUUCAAGGUAAACAUGCAAAAACUAUUGUUCCACAUAUAAUUGAAUAUGGAAUUUCAUCAGUUGUCUAUAUCUUUUGUUUACAUAUGAGUUAUCUAACUGAAUGGGCUUCAGAUAUUGAUUGUAUAUUAGCUGGUGGUAUAUUUGAUCAUGAACAAGAUCUUUUAGCUAAAUUAACGAAAGAUUUAUCUGAUUAUGCUAAUUUAAAAGUUAAUGAAUAUCGUGUAAAAAGAGCUGCUUGUGAUGAAUGGGCGCAAAAUUUAACUCAACAUGCUAAACGAUUACGAAAUGAACAAUGUACUUUAACCUAUGCUACAGAUCCAUUCAGUGAUCAAGAAACACCUUGUGAACAACCGAAGGAAUAA